GCUCGGUUGGUCCCAUAAGAAUGGCGGUGGUCGGGGCUCCGGGCCCGGGCUGUGAUGCAGUUUCUGGGUGCAGCAGCGGCGGCACUGACGCUGAGGGAGGCGCAUCUCCUCGGAGCUGCCUUCCCCGGUGCCAAGGCCUGGCGGGCUGGGACCCAGGGCUGGGGGAGGGGGACUCCCGCGGUUGGCUCACAUAGGAGCGAUGUAGAUCCCGCCCGGCCAGAGUCGGCCUAAUGCUGGGUUCUUGUCCAUGAACUCGAGACCUUGAACCAAAAUGGAACUCUGAAAAGUGAACGUAGUUAUUAUAGAGCAAUACGUAGGACACUUUUAAUGAAUAGCAAUGGGAUGCCUUCUAUUUGUCAGCUAUGAGGAAUAAAAGAUGAGUGAGGGCAUUUCUUCAGGGAAUCUGGUAGGCAGAGACCCAUUGGUAAACAUUUGCGCUAAAAUAAAUGUAACAGCUAGAAAAUCAUGAACAAUCAAUGCAGGAGAGAAGAUGAAUAGACUGAAAAUGUAAAAUAGGUUUAAGAAGAGUAGAAAAAUACAUAAAUAUCUAAUAGAAUAUUGAACAGAAACUGGAUGUGCUUCCUGCCGGUUGUUCAUUCUUUGCUCCAUUUAGAGUGAUCUCUUCCCCUAAAAGCCGAGCCCUUUACCCGCUUUGGACUUGCAGAUCUGUCUCCCCAGCCUGUCACCCCCUCUGCGUGCAUUCUCCAGUCUAGAAGAAGCCUCUUCUUUUUCAGGAGUUCUUGAACCUACAAUUAUCUUUCUCUUUUUGGCUUCCCAUAUUUCUCAUCUAAACUAUAUAUUUUGGAAUGUCGACCUCAGCCAGCCAUCUCACCUCUUCCUCUUCAGUUUUUUUCAUCUGAAAACUAGGAGAAAUAGUACUCACCAUACAGAAUUGUUGUUGAGCACACACCCAAGCCACCAGCAAGUCUAUUUGGUUUAUCUCCAUGAUAUGUCUUAACUUUGUCUGCUUCUUUGCCACCAUCCUGAUAUAAGUCCUGUCAUCUCCUGCUUGAACCACAACCCUCAGUCUUCUGGGUGGAAGUGCGAAGAUGCUUAAAGAGCAUCCAGGGAUGGCAGAAGAUCCUCAGCAGCAGCAGAUAGGUGUUCCUGUGGUAAAAUUGGAGAAAGAACUGCCAUGGGGCAGGGGAAGGGAGGACCCUAGUCCUGAGACUUUCCGGCUGAGGUUUCGGCAGUUCCGCUACCAGGAGGCAGCUGGUCCCCAGGAAGCCCUCAGGGAACUCCAGGAGCUCUGUCGCCAGUGGCUACGGCCUGAACUGCACACCAAGGAGCAGAUCCUGGAGCUGCUGGUCCUGGAGCAGUUUCUGACCAUCCUGCCCCGGGAGUUCUAUACCUGGAUUCGGGAGCAUGGCCCGGAGAGUGGCAAGGCCCUGGUGGCCAUGGUGGAGGACUUCACAGAGAGAGCACUGGAGGCCAAGGCGGUUCCAUGCCACGUGCAGGGAGAGCAGGAGGAAACAGCACUUUGCGGAAGCACUUGGGAACCUGGUGUCCACCUGGGGCCAGUGGAAGUCAAGCCUGAGUGGGGGAUGCCCCGUGGGGAAGGAGUUCAAGGCCUAGAACAAGGCACUGAGGAGCACCUCAAUCAGGACCCUGGUGCUGGGACACAGGCCUUCCAGGAGCAAGGUCUGCCAAUUCUUCAGGCUGGUCCUGGCUUCCCCUCAGUGAACACCAGAGACCAAGAAAUGGCAGUUGGAUUCCUUACGGCUGGAUCCCAGGGUUUGGGACCAUUUAAAGAUAUGACUCUGGCCUUCCCAGAAGAAGAGUGGCGACAUGUGACCCCAGCCCAGAUAGACUGCUUUGGGGAAUACGUGGAACCACAGGCCUGUGGAGUCUCACCUCCAGGUAUUGGGAGCAAGGAAAAGGAGGCCAAAGUCCAGCAGGCAGAGCUCAAAGGGGUGCUUGCUCAGGGCACAUCAGAGAGGUUUGGGGAAGCUGCUCUCCAGAGCCCUGAGCUUGGAAGAACCUGUGAGCAGGAGCCUGGUAACUCUGUGGGAAACAUGCCAGGGCCUCCUCCUCCCCAGCAUGGCAUCCUACCCAUGCCCAGUGACCUCAAGACUCACAGCUCCUUCUGGAAGCCUUUUCAGUGCCCCGAGUGUGGUAAAGGCUUCAGUCGGAGCUCAAAUCUUGUCAGACAUCAGCGAACCCAUGAAGAAGAAAAAUCCUAUGGCUGCAUUGAGUGUGGGAAAGGGUUUACUCUGAGAGAAUACCUCAUGAAGCACCAGAGAACCCACCUGGGAAAGAGACCCUAUGUGUGCAGUGAGUGCUGGAAAACCUUCAGUCAGAGACACCACCUGGAGGUCCACCAGCGGAGUCACACAGGGGAGAAGCCCUAUAAGUGUGGGGACUGUUGGAAAAGCUUCAGCCGGAGACAGCAUCUCCAGGUGCAUCGGAGAACUCACACUGGAGAAAAGCCCUACACCUGUGAGUGUGGCAAGAGCUUUAGCAGGAAUGCCAACCUGGCUGUGCACCGGCGAGCCCACACCGGGGAGAAGCCAUACGGGUGCCAGGUGUGUGGGAAACGGUUCAGUAAAGGGGAGCGGCUGGUCAGACACCAGAGGAUCCACACGGGGGAGAAGCCCUACCACUGCCCUGCCUGUGGGAGGAGCUUCAACCAGAGGUCCAUUCUCAACCGCCACCAGAAAACUCAGCAUCGCCAGGAGAUCCCUGUGCAGUAAGGGUGCCCUGUGGAAAUGCAUCUUUUGCUAAUGGAAAGUGCUGGACAGGGUGAGACCUUGCAAGACCACCAAGUAGAGGGAGACCUUCCAGGAGUUUGGAAGGAGAGGGAGACCUUCCCACAUCUUUACUCACUGUGGGGUUAUGGGUUGCAGAAAGACACUUUGACCCUUUUGCUUUCCACUUGUUCAGAAGGAAAAAGGGCAAGUCCUAGUUCAAGUCUCUGAGUUCCCAGAGAUCACAGCCUCUUCCAUCUCUUACCUAGGUAGUGCUAACAGUUUUUCUUAUCAUCUUUUGGGGAAACAAUAUCUUGAGUUUUAGUUCACCUUGAGGUUUUUUCUCCUUGAGUUGGAUGUUCAUAUCCGCCGUCUCCUGAGCAAGACUGAUGGUCAAGGUAAAAUUUUGUCCAGUGUUAGCAGUUUGAACUUAUUUUUCUGAGGUCUGCAUCUUACCUGUCAGGAUACAGACUGUCUCCUUCUACUCUCGUCCAUUUAAUAAAUAUUUAUUGAACACCUACUAUAUGCCUGGCACUGGGAUUACAGUGGUUAAUGAGACAGAUGAGACCUUGUUCUCCUGGAGCUUGUGAUUUAGCACUGGAAGCACCAACACAAACCCAUUAAAUAUUGUAUUAUUAGUUACAUUUUGUGGUGAGUGGCAUGUGAGAAGGUUUUCUUGUGCUCACUCAUUCUGCCCAGUCUGCUUGGGUGCUGGAUCUUUCCCUCCACAGUUUGGAUCACUCAGGCAGCCUCAUUUAUUUUACUUUAUUUGUAGCCCCCUUUGUAACAUUCUGCCUUCAUCUGUAAAGUUUCCCCAUUCAAUUCCUUGUACUACAGCGGCUAUCCACAUAUCUAUUAGGAAAUAAAUAUUUUGCUAUUGAUCACUGAAUAAAGAUGUAUUUUAAGAAAGCAUUCAGUUCUGUAUAAAGAUCUAAUAAGUCUAAAAGAUGAACUAGUAUUAAUACUUUAUAUUUGAUGGCACUGUACAGUAUAUAAAAUGCUUUUCUUUGUGUUCCCACUUGAUUAAUUCCAUAUAUAUUUAUUCAUGUCCAGCAGUGUGCCAGGAACUCUUUAGGUGCUCAAGAUGUAUCAGUGGAUAAAAUGGGAAAAUCAUUGACCUUGUAAAGCUUGUAUUUUAGUGAAUGUAUUUGAUCUUCUGAACCACCCAACAUGGAGCCUGUGGAUGUUCCUAUGAACCUUCUGAACCUGGGAUCUGAGCCUGUGUCUCGGUCCUGUCAGCUUCUUGCCCUGAAAUGCAUUCCCUACCUACCUCUUGUUACUGAGUAAUCUCUGUUCUUGGUGCAUCUAGAUCCUUGUGAAGUGCUUGGGGUCCCGAGUGCCAACUGGAGAUGAUGAGAUGGUAACAAUCUGUUUUGCAUGAGAGUGCCAAUUUAGGAAAAAUAAAGAUGUUUAUAGGCAUUUAAAAAAUAUAUUUCUUUAAAAAUAAGAUGCAGUGUUUAUAACUCUUUAAGGUUUCUUUUAUUAUUUUGCCAUCACCAAAGGGUUUCCUUCCUGUCUGAAGUUCCGGAGACUGAAAUUUGCAUGGACUGCACUGCGGUGUUGUGGUUCUGUGCCUCUGAGUGCUGGUGCUGAGAAAGUUCGUCUUUUGAUGUGAUUUGUCUCAUGAUGCCUCUUAAUAUUCUUUUACUGAGAUCCCCCCCAAUUUCUGUUGUAAAAAAGAUAAAUGGUAAUGAUUUCAACACACAGAGUUGCAUUACUCAGUCUGUUUUGAAGCUCAUUAUUUUACCCAUUUAUUGGGAGGUAGCCAUGGUGUUUAAUUUUGAUUUAGUGAAUGACCUUCUGGGCCAUCAGCUGUCCCCACGGGGUUGUAAUAAGCAGGAUGUAUCUAACACAUCUACUAUCUGAGAUACUGGACUUUUCAGCAACAUUGAGGUCCAGAUUCAAAAUCAGCUUAUUUUUCCCCACUUCCCAUACAAGCCAGGCAAAGUUUGAUGCUGGCCACCUUGCAGCCAAACCCAGUGGAAGGUUUUUGCUAAACCUCUGGCUUCAGGUCUAUAGGACAUGGGACCUGACCUGGCCUGAGUUUGGCCUUCUCUGAGAGGUCCAUUAUAUUCCAAAGCUGGAAGGGAGCAUGGGACUACCAGGGGGUGGUGAGUUGCUCAUCAGUGCUCUUUUCUGUUUACCUGAAUUGUAUUCUCUUUGAUCACACACUUAGCCAGACAGGUCUCUGGGUUUGCAGCCAGUUGAAAUAUCCGGAGGUAAGCUUCAAUAAAGUUAGGCCUUGCUGUCUUUCCCACUUGGGCUCCACUGUGUGCUUAGAGGCCAAAGCUUAGGGACAGUGCUUCAAAAGUGCCUCCAAAGAGAAUUUUCCCAUGUAAUGGUAGUAACCUUAUUUUUAUACCUACUCAAAUGUCAAAUAUUUUAUUUUCUGUAUUUUUCUAUUUAGAAAUAUUUUUAGAAUAGAAAAUUUCAAACAUGUAUAAGUGAAUCCUCAUGUGUUAACCAUCUUUUAACUAAACAUUGUAAACUCAUAGUAUUGCUUUAUCUCUACCCUCUCCCAAUCUUCCUCCCUCACUG